AUGGAUACACGCGUGAUUACGUUGUUAAUAUUGGCAACUCUUGACGGCUGCUUAGCUAGUUUACCCUGGGACAAAUGGUCCUGGUCUCUCCCUCAAGAACCAAUCGAACACUUCUUCCGUCGAUACCAAGACGGAAUACCGCUCAAAUCGCCUGAAUUUGAAUGCAAGUGUCCUCCAAAUAAAGAAUGCGCGGUCAAUUUUAAAAUUAACGAAGACGUAGCUGAGUUCUUGCAUUUGAGAGGAAUCAUCAAAGACGAAGAUCUCACCGAAAUCAAAGAAUACGCCAAAACAACAUCAGAGAGUACCGCUGAAAAAUCGAAAUCCAGGAGCAGGAGGACAAACGAAGGAACAGAAGAAGAACAGUGCUGUUGUCCCCCGAGAAAUGUCAUGAUGCCCACAUUCAUUACUGACAAGAAAUUCGAUGAAGUUGUUAACAGAUUGAAAAGCAAAAAAACAUUACCGUAAUUGCAAAAGGAUUAUAACUUCAAUUAAAAUAUAUAUUGUAGU